AUGGCAUCUGUUGAAGAGCUGCUUCUGAACUCACUGAUGGACCUGCUAGAAGCUGAACUCAGUCAGUUUCAGUGGUACUUAAAGAAACAUGAGCACAUAUCAAAUUCUGAAAUGGAGAAUGCAGAUAGGUUAAAAACAGUGGAUAAGAUGGUAGCACAUUUUGGACCAGAAGAAGCUGUGAAGAUCGCGGUGAAGAUCCUGAGGAAGAUGAACCAGAAUAAUCUGGCUGACCAGCUAGAGAACAAUCACAAGCAAGGCUCAACUACAGAUGACAGUCAAGCUAUUCUUCAUGAUUACACAGAGACCAGUCUCAGACUGAAGAACAAAUUAAAACAGGACUACAAGCGGAUAUUGGUUGGUAAUUCACAGACGGGUCAUCAGGAAUACUUAAACGAUAUCUACACUGAUUUGUAUGUGGUGGAGAAUGAGACUGGAGGAAGAGUGAAUGACCAUGAGGUGAUGCAGAUUGAAUCAGAUCACAACCGACUAACUGCCAAAGAGAAGCCAAUCGAGUAUAAUGAUAUGUUUAAAGUCCAGUGUGACACAAGUCGACAAAACAGAAAAGUGCUGACAAUGGGGAUUGCAGGAGUGGGAAAAACGGUCGCUGUCAAUAAAUUCAUCUUUGACUGGGCUGAAGGGAAAAAAAAUCAGAAUAUAGUCUUCAUAUUUCCACUUCCAUUCCGUAAAUUGAAUUUGAUUAAAGAAGAGUACAGUCUCAUGGGACUGCUUAACAAAUACUUUUUUAGUAGUCCUGAAGAAUUGCUCUCUCUUCCUGAAGGUGAUGGUAAAGUUAUGUUCAUCUUUGAUGGGCUUGAUGAAUGUCGCUUUACUUUGAGCUUUAAAGAAGAUGACACAUUUACAGAUGUAAACGAAAAAACAACAGUGAGUAAGAUAAUAACAAACCUUAUCAAGACACAUCUGGUUCCCUCUGCUCUCAUCUGGAUCACAUCCAGACCAGCAGCUACUAGUCUGAUACCACGUAACUACAUUGAUCAAGUGACAGAGGUGCGAGGAUUUAACGAUGAGCAGAAAGAGCAAUACUUUAAAAAUAACAGCAGUCCUGAGAUUUCUGAAAACAUUAUCCAUCACAUCAGGAAAUUCAGGAGCCUGUACAUCAUGUGCCAUAUCCCUGUCUUUUGCUGGAUCUCUCUCACUGUUCUUCAGCCUCUACUGGCUCAAGAGAGCAAUGACAAAACUCCCACAACUCUCACAGGGAUGUACACAAGGUUCUUAAUUUCUCAGCAGCAACAGAUGAAAGAAAAAUACCAUGAUGACCCUGAACCUAAAGCAAAUGCAAGGUCUUUUGAUGAGAUUAUUCUGAAGCUUGGAAAACUGGCCUUCCAACAGCUGGAGAAAGGAAAUCUGAUUUUCUACAAAGAAGAUCUUGAGGAAUGUGGACUAGAUGUCAGUGAAGGGUCACUGUACUCUGGGUUAUGCACUCAAAUGUUUCAGGAGGGAAAGGCAAGACAAGUUUUCAGCUUCGUACAUCUCAGCGUACAGGAAUUCCUUGCUGCCCUCUAUGUGUUUUUGAUUAGCAAAGACAAGAAAAAAAACCCAUUUCGUGAAUCCAGGACAGAAAAACUGACAUGGAAACUGACAUGGAAUCUCUACAAAAAGCCACUGUUUCAGCUUCAUAAGGCUGCAGUCAACAAGGCUUUACAAAGCAAGAAUGGACACCUGGACCUUUUCCUCCGGUUCCUCCUGGGUCUCUCACUGGAGUCCAAUCAGAGUGACCUGAAGGAGCUACUGCCAGAACUGGAACUCAAAACAGAGAACGUUAAAGACACUGUUGACUACAUCAAAAAGAAGAUAGAAAAGGAGAAUUCAGUAGAGAGGACCAUCAAUCUCUUCCACUGUCUAAGUGAACUGAAAGAUGACUUUGUGGAGGAAAUCCAGAAGAAUCUGAGCUCAGGAAAUCUUUCAACACAGAAUCUCUCCUCUGCUCAGUGGUCUGGUCUGGUGUUUGUGCUCCUUAUGUCAGAAGAGACUCGAGAAAUGUUUGAACUGCAGAAAUACAGAAGAUCUGAUGAAGCACUGAUGAAACUGCUGCCAGUGAUCAAAAACACAAGAAGAGCACUGCUACAGUUCUGUUAUCUCACUGCUCAGUCCUGUGAAAGUUUGUCUUCAGUUUUACAAUCUUCAAACUCUGCCCUGAGAGAGCUGGACCUGAGUAACAAUGACCUGCAGGAUUCUGGAGUGAAGCUUCUUUCUGAUGGACUGAAGAGUCCAAACUGUCAGUUGGAGAUACUGAGAUUUCCCACAUGUAAUCUCACUACUCGGUGUUGUGAGAGUUUAUCUUCAGCUCUACAAUCCUCAAACUCUGUCCUGAGAGAGCUAGACCUAAGUAACAAUGACCUGCAGGAUUCUGGAGUGAAGCUUCUUUCUGAUGGACUGAAGAGUUCAAACUGUCGGCUAGAGAUACUGAGAUUUCACUCAUGUAAUCUCACUGCUCAGUGUUGUGAGAGUUUGUCUUCAGCUCUACAAUCCUCAAACUCCUUCCUUAGAGAGCUGGACCUGAGUAACAAUGACCUGCAGGAUUCUGGAGUGAAGCUUCUUUCUGAUGGACUAAAGAGUCCAAACUGUCAGCUGGAGAUAGUGAGAUUGUCUGGCUGUAUGGUGACAGAGGAAGGCUGUGGUUAUGUGUCUUCAGCUCUGAGUUCAAACCCCUCCCACCUGAGAGAGCUGGAUCUGAGCUACAAUCACCCAGGAGAUUCAGUAGUCAAGCUGCUCACUGAUAAACUCAACCAUCCAAACUACAAACUCAAUGUGGAUUAUGGAGGAGAGAUCAGGAUUACAGCAGGACUACAGAAAUAUUCCCAUCAGCUCAAUCUAGAUCUGAACACAGUGAAUGAAGACCUCCAUCUGUCUGAAAGUAACAGAGUGAUUACUAACACUCUUUCAGAGCAGCCGUAUCCUGAUCAUCCAGAAAGAUUUGAUUGGUAUCCUCAGGUGUUGUGUAGAGAGAGUGUGUGUGGACGCUGUUACUGGGAGAUUGAGUGGAGUGGGUAUGUGCGUAUAUCAAUGUCAUAUAAGAGCAUCAGCAGGAAGGGACGGGGUAACGACUGUGAGUUUGGAUCUAAUGAUCAGUCCUGGAGUUUGUAUUGCUUUCCCUCUGGUUACUCGUUCAUACACAAUGACAUAGAGACUAAACUCCCUGUAGAGUACAUCAGCAGUAGAAUAGGAGUGUAUGUGGAUCACAGUGCAGGAACUCUGUCCUUCUACAGCAUCUCUGGAGACACAAUGAGCCUCAUCCACACAGUCCAGACCACAUUCACUCAACCGCUCUAUCCUGGGUUUAUGCUUUAUAAUGGGCUUGAUCCUAAAUCAUCAGUGAAACUGUGUUGAUGAAUAAGAACAGAUUCUAGAGAGAUUCUACCCAUAAUGCUUUGAGCUGCAUGAUAAGUCAGUGACUGUUACACACUGGCUUGACUAGAUAAUCCAAAAUAAGAGGAUUGACACAGAAAGACGAUGAACAUUUAUAUGUAAUAAACAUCAGGGAUAAACACAGUAUGAAAUGUUAACACAAGACAAUGAACAUAAGAUGACUGAGGGUUUAACCUCUGGGGUCUGAGGAUUUUUGAGGCCCUGGAGAAGUUUUGACAUGCCCUGACAUUUGUGCUUUUUUCAGUUGUUCAUAAACAUAUUAAUGGAAAAGGUGUCAUUACACUGUAUUCAGCACGAACAAGGCUACCAUAAUAUGUGAGCAACAUGUAUGUACAUGUUUGUAUUUUUGAAGGAAUAACAUUUAUGCAUGGUUAAUGAAAAAACAAAAAACUUAAGUCACUGAAAUAAGGCCAAAAAAUAAAUACAAAAUCUGUGUUCACAAGACUUCUGGGUAUUGGAGGUUGUAGACAAGUGUUUUUGCUUCAAAAUGAUGUAAAAUUAUCCUGCCUACUCGUUCAUAUAAAACAAUAAAGAGAUUUAAAUUUUGUAA